UCAACUGAAGAACUGAAACUGAAGAAGCUUGUCAUUUCGCAAAGGGUGUGAAAAGUGGGAACUUCCCGCUGCGAUUUUGCUCUGAUUUUCCAGCCCAAUAUAUCAAGAUGGAGGCCCUUAUACCAGUGAUAAAUAAACUUCAAGAUGUCUUCAAUACUGUUGGUUCCGAUGUUAUACAAUUGCCGCAGAUCGUCGUGGUUGGAACACAGAGUAGUGGAAAAAGUUCUGUUUUAGAGAACCUGGUUGGGAGAGACUUCUUACCAAGAGGGAGUGGGAUAGUAACCAGAAGACCAUUGGUAUUACAGAUGAUUCACAUUGAUGCUAAUGACACCAAGACUGUCGGAGCCGACGGAGAAGGUAACCAAUAUGGAAUUGGUCCUGGUGAUGAAAUUCAGGCAGAGGAAUGGGGUAAGUUUCUUCACACCAAGAACAAGAUCUACACUGACUUUGAUGAGAUUCGACAGGAGAUUCAAAAUGAAACUGAUCGCAUGGCUGGUGCUAAUAAGGGUAUCUGUCCCGAUCCUAUCAAUCUCAAAAUCUUCUCACCCAAAGUAUUGAACUUGACCCUGGUUGAUCUGCCUGGUCUUACAAAGGUUGCUGUUGGGGACCAGCCAGAAGACAUAGAAGUUCAAAUCCGUGACAUCAUCCUUCAAUACAUCAGCAACCCUAAUUCUAUCAUUCUUGCCGUCACUGCUGCCAACACGGACAUGGCCACAUCUGAGGCACUCAAGCUUGCUAAGGAGGUAGAUCCAGAUGGGAGGAGAACUCUUGCUGUAAUCACUAAACUGGAUCUCAUGGAUGCUGGCACUGAUGCAGUGGAUAUACUUUGUGGAAGAGUGAUACCUGUCAAGCUUGGCAUCAUUGGAGUUGUUAAUAGAAGCCAGAUGGACAUCAACCAGAAAAAGGAAAUCUCAGAUGCGAUAAGGGAUGAAGCAGCAUUUCUUCAACGGAAAUAUCCAGCUUUAGCUAAUCGUAAUGGAACACAGUACCUCGCUAAAACACUCAAUAGGUUAUUGAUGCACCAUAUCCGUGACUGUUUACCUGAGUUGAAGACCCGCGUCAACGUCAUGAGUUCACAGUUUCAGCAACUCUUGGCUUCGUUUGGUGAACCAGUGGAUGAUAAGAGUCAAACCCUUCUGCAGAUUAUUACUAAGUUUGCUGCCAGUUACUGUGCAACUAUAGAAGGCACAGCUAGGAAUAUUGAAACAUCAGAAUUAUGUGGAGGUGCUCGUAUUUGCUACAUUUUCCACGAGACUUUUGGUCGGACGUUAGAUGGCAUCGAUCCCCUGGGUGGGCUGAGGACUAUUGACAUUUUGACGGCUAUCAGAAAUGCCACAGGCCCCCGUCCAGCUCUCUUUGUUCCUGAAGUUUCCUUUGAGCUUCUUGUCAAACGUCAGAUUCGUCGUUUGGAGGAACCUAGUUUACGUUGUGUAGAGCUUGUUCAUGAGGAGAUGCAACGUAUCAUUCAGCACUGUGGUACUCAGGAAAUGCUUCGAUUCCCGAAGCUUCAUGAUCAUGUAGUAGAUGUAGUGACAGCUCUGCUAAGGAGACGACUACCAACAACCAAUGCCAUGGUUGAAAACUUGGUGGGUAUUGAGCUGGCGUAUAUCAACACCAAACACCCAGAUUUUGCUGAUGCAAGUCUGGUCAACGCAUUAGUGGAUUAUCAAGAAAGGGAACUAAGGAAGAAAAAGAAUGAACUAGUUCCGGCCUCUGCAUCUGCUAUUGAUCAGCACACAGGCAAAGUAGAUAAAGUAACCAAGGCUGUCUCUCAGUUGGCUACAGCAGAUGGGGUGACAGCACCCAAAGACCUACGGGAAACUUCUGGUAGUGCAAGCACCGUAGGUUCCUGGGUACCUAGCUGGGUAAGGGGGUCCAGUGGUGCCCCUAAGGGUGUGACCGCGGAGGGAGCAGGAGAAGCACCAGCCACACCCCCACAGAUGCAGAGUCCCAAAGUGGACAAGAAGACACAUGGUUUGAACCUUCUUCCUGAUGUUCCGGAUGUUCCAUUGAAUAGAAAAUUAUCAUCAAGGGAACAGAGAGAUGUUGACGUCAUCAAGAGACUCAUCCAGAACUAUUUCUUAAUUGUACGCAAGAACAUUCAGGACAGUGUGCCUAAGGCAAUCAUGCAUUUCUUGGUUAACCAUGUGCAAGACAAUCUGCAGAGUGAACUGGUGGGAAAACUGUACAAACAAGAAGCCAUUGAGACAUUGCUGAAGGAGUCCGAGCACAUGUCACAGAGGAGAAAAGACGCCCAGGAGAUGUUACAGGCACUUCAAAAAGCUAGUCAUAUAAUCAGUGAAAUCCGAGAGACGCAUGUCUGGUGAGUUUUCCUUCAUCUCGGUGGUAAGUUUAGAGAAGUAGAAUAGAAUGGCAGAUACACUCGGGGAGGGAGGGCUGGGGAUAAGACUGUGGAGGGACUACUGACGGGAGGGCAUCACCUGGUAGUUAGCCUCUAAAUAAGACUUUUGAAAAUGCAUACAUAAUAAGUAAAAUAUUAUUUUGAUUUGUAAACAUGUAAAUAACAUCUUUUGCAAUUUGUUUCAAUUAAAUUUUGUUUCAGAUAUGUAGCAUUUUAUUUUGAGUGUAUCCUACCGAUUCUUGAUGUUUAAGUUUUUCAAUGUCUACAGAAUUCAAUAAACCUCUUGAACUAGUUUUCCAGAAA